AUGGAGAAUUUCAGAUCUAAGUCGUGCAGGGAAGGGAGGAUAGAGAUGGAGGGAUACCAUGGAGGCAAGGGAGAACCGACAAACAUGCAAGAUUUGAGGUCUUAUAGUGUCAGCUACGCGGUUUCUGUACAGCCAAAUCAAUUGGGCAAAGAAGUGAAGAUCAAGAAAGGGAAAAGCAAUCUUGGGUCAUCUUCAAAAAGCUGGAGUUUCAACGAUCCUGAGCUACGAAGGAAAAGAAGGGUUGCUAACUACAAGGUGUAUGCAAUGGAGGGCAAGAUGAAAGGGUCCUUCAGGAAGAGCUUCAGGUGGAUCAAGGACACUUGCACCCAAGUUGUCUAUGGAUGGAGACUGGAUUCUUCUGGACAUGGAAUUUUCGCCUUGUGGUCACCUAAUCUGGUUCAUGCUAUAUGCCCUUGA